UGGCCGCUCUUGUAUGUAACGUAGCAACGGGAAUUGUAGUUGUCUAGCCCGGCCCAGGCAUUGCUUCCCUUUGCGUUUUUCUAAGACUUAAAGGAGGUCGUUUUCCUUGGUGAAACAUCGUUCGGCACGUCAUUUAGUUUCUUGCAAGUCAUAGGGAUCUAUUUCAUUAAUCACAUACUUGAUCCCAAAGUCUGAUGUGAAUGUCAACAUGGCCUCUAACAUUGCCAAGCAAAGCAUCUAUCCUAUUGAGAAGAUCGCCUUUGGAUCUCGGGAUCUUCAGAAGCGAUAUGAAGAAAUUCUUGGGCCUCUCACCUUAUUUGCCCCCAAGUUUGAUGAAGAAGCUGCAGAGAAAGUUGACCUCAAGGUUGAAAGGCCUGUCACACCAAUUGAUGACAGCAUCAAAUCACCACCCAUUACGUUUUCUGAGCUGGCUAAAUUGAUCAGACGUAGGAUUGCUGCACAUUCAGAAUGUCCAGAUCUAACAGUGGAGGAGCAACAAAUGCUUGCUGGUGUAAUAAUAGGAGAGGUAAACUCCAUCUGGCCAGACAUCAGAAGACAAGUUGAUGAUCCUUUCUUGACUGUUGAGGAGAACAAGGAGCUUCAGCGUCGUAUUACUGUUCAUAUUGUGACUGUAUGUCAACAACUUUUUCAGCACUAUGUUGAAAAGGCUAAAAUUCUUGCAGAUAAGAAUGUAUUCAGUGAGAUCGCCAAUAUGAGCAGAUUGAAGGCCCAGGUCUCUCUCGAUGCUAAUAAAUUUCUGAAUAUUCUUGCCAUACGUCGUCACAUAGUUGCUGAUAUCAGAGAAGAUCAUUCUGAUUCUGAGGACAGCCAUCAUCUUAUCUCAUCACCAAGACCUGCACCAAAAAUCGCUAAGGAAGAGAAUGUUCCACUCUCUUAUCAAAAACUGGUGAGUAUACAUUUGUAUUUGCGUUUAUUUAUUCUCCAAAAUUCGCAAUAUAAAACAUAAGUGUACAUAGGAACAUAAUAGAAGCAAGAUAUAAAAUAUCAAGAAAAAACAUAUACACACAAAAAAAAACAAUGCCAAAAGAGACAUUAGGAUAGUGAAAUCGGAAGGACACCCAGUUCAGCUCUGCCCAUAGACAGUACUUUUCUUCCAUUGGGUCCAAGGAUUACUGUAUAUCACAAAUUGAUAUAAGAAAAGUUUUACAAAGAUUUCUUGGAACAAAAGGGGAAAAUAAGGGAUAUGGGGAGGAAAUCUGGUAUCAAAUUCAAAAUACUUGAUAUAUCAGGGUGGAAGGCAUUGAGCCUAUGUUAAGAAGACCUUGAGACUACAAGAGACCUUCGGAUUUGAAGGGAGGUUAUUAAACUGAGAAGAACCUGUUCACGAGGAUGAAUGUUUACAAUAAUUUGUUUUAGGUUUUGCUAAGGGAUUGCAAACUUAUUAUUUUUUUCGUCCUGACGCUGCGGGUCGACGUGUUGCGGGAGGGACGAUCCAGAUUUUUUCCUGUUCAGAAGUUGAUGAGGAAAAAAUAAAUAUAUCGCGUCCCGCCGCGGUUGGGGCGAUUAACGGCCUGCCGCGGUUGGGACGAUACUCGCGAGCUGGCCGGUCCCUCGUCUGAUUUGAGCUCACAUGAAAGCAAUGCCAAACCACACUCAGUCUUGCCCCUGCCCCUGUGUAAAAGAUGGUAUCAGAAAAAUUAUUUUUCGAUCUCUAAUAUUGAUCGAACAACACCCUGACCUACAAAAAUCCGCAGACUAUCAAAUUAAAAUACGAUAACAUCGCUUUACAUUUAAAAUUGAGGUUAGAAUCGCCCGAUAUUUUCCACUCGAAAUACGUCUUGAAACCUGCCUGAUAGCACGGUGCGCGCUGCCAUUUUGGAAGCGAAGAAACUACAACACUGUACGUACUGCUUGGAGCAGUUUGCUCCUUUACAAAUUCAGACACAAGUUUUCGACUUCGACCACGGAAAAACUAUUGGAUGGUAUAAUACCACAUGGUCUACUUUAAUAUCAGUUCGUCCAACCUUACAUAGAUCUAGUCUAAACUAAUUUUGUCUACAACCAGUUCGUCUAAAGGUAUAUCCAAUUCGUCUAAUUCUCACUUGGUCUAAUAACCAAUUCGUCUAAUUUCCACUUGGGCUAAUCAAAUUCGUCUAAUGAGCAUCUGGCUGAAAGCCAUUUAGUCUAAUUUUCAGUUGGUCUAACACCACUUGGUCUAAUUUCCACUUCGGCUAAUGUUCACCUGGUCUAAUUGUCAUAUAUGGUAUAAUGACCGUUUGGUCUAAUUUCCACUUGGUCUAAUAUUCAAUUGGUCUAAUGACCACAAUAAUCAAUUGGUCUAAUUUACACUUGGUCUAAUAGUCAGUCUAAUGACCACUUGGUCUAAUGCCCAGUUGGGAAAAUCGUCACUUGGUCUUAUUUUCAUUAGGUCUAAUUGCCAUUUCGUCUCAUGUAUUUAAUUGUCACUUGGUCUAAUUGCAUUUGGUCUUAUACCAGUUUGUCUAAAUAGUCGGUUGGUCUAAUACUAGUUGGUCUAAUACCAGUUGGUCCAAUCCUCACUUGGUCCAUUAUUCAUUUGUCUAUAUUGCAUGGUCUAAUGUGCAGUUGGUCUAAUCCUCACUUGUAUACCGACAAGUAGGUGUAGCCCGAAUGUUGUUAGCCCAUCUGAUGAUUAGACCAAGUGAUAUUUGACCAAAUGUCAGUAAACCCUUCUACUUUGGAUUGUUGGAUUACUUUCGCUCCUAAAUUAUGUCUCAAAAUUUUAUUGUGAGAUCAUGAUUCGUUGAGAUUUUUUUACUGUGAAUAUUAGAAUGAAUAUACAAUUUUGUAUGUUGACCCUGUAGGCCUAUACCACCACCCCC